UGGUCCCCGAUGACUUUUAUUAGAAAUUUACACUUUGGAAUUGGAUGAAAGUUCUAGGUAAACCUCAUUAUUAGAUGUUUAUACUGCUGCAUACAUCCCAGCGUUUCGAAGAUGUAAUCGCAAUCGAUCGUAUCGAGUCCAGGUGGUUUUCGAGUCAACUUUUGUUAACACAAGACAAUGACACCAUCAAGACCAAAAUAGAUUUCUGAUGGUGCUGACGUGACUACAGUACUAGAGGUUUUUCAGUACUUGAGACAUUUUCUUAGUGACCAAUGUUCAAGGAGGGAGAGCACUACAUGUCGUCUCCAGGCGACGGAGAUGGCAAACAAGAUGGGCAGGAUGUUGGCAGUGAGGAUUUUCCGCAGAAUUUACAUUCGUUAUGGAAUUCGAAUAUAGAUUUCUUUGAAUUUAAGUUUGAAAUGUAGACUUCCUCCUCAAUGUGACUUGUCAGAGAAGAUGAUGAUUAUUUUUCUUCCUAUGCUUUACUUAGAAUCACCAGUAUCAGAUUUAUUUUCUAACUUCUACUUCUACCUGAUCCUCCUGAUUUUUCUGACAGAACACAAAUAUUAGGACUUAAUAAGUCGUCCUGAUUUUUCUGACACCAGAAAACAACAACAGAAAACAUGAUAGGACUUAAUAAGUCGUGUUCUAAUAUCCGCAGCCACCUUCUACCAAUCUCUUCGCCUGAUCGAUGUCGAAGCUCCGGACAGUAACGUGCCCUCCGAAUCCGAGGAGGAAAGCGAAGGCAUCAAUGAGGAGGACUUAGCCUUACUUGGAGAAAGGAGUAAGAUGCCCAGUCCAAGUGGCUCAUUCAUGGGAGAAGAUCCACGGGAGGAUAUGAAGACAGGAAAAAGUGUACUCAUAGAAGUACUCAAGAAAAGAGGCUUUUCCCUACAACUUAUACUAGAAGAAAGUGUCUACUUUCUUGAGGAUGUUGACGAGCAGUACACUUUUAUGUCGCUUCAUAGAGGAGGUGGAGAAAAAGCCGAAGAGGAUAACCUGGACCGACGUUUUGGGACAGCCUAAGAUAGAUCCUGACACAGUCACUUAAGGCUUGUUACCCUUAUCCAUCUUCUGAGACAUCCUGAAGAGGCUUUUCAACGGGAAAGCGCGCCCACGAUGCGUCUCAAGUAACAUGGAUAUUAAGUGUGAGAUCCUCUAAAUCGCGCUGUUUGGACUGAUGGGAGAUGGUAGUGCGGAAGGUGAUACUGGUGAAGAAGAGGAAGAUUUCGAUCAUGAGGAAACUACUUUGACUAGUAAACAAGUACCUCCAGCUCAAGAAGCACGACUAGAGCAGUCACAGGCUGGUGUAGAGGGUACGCCAGAGGCAGAAGAUGGAGGGCAAAUUCCAGUUCCGGGGGCAGUACCUAAAGAGCAAGCAAAACCUCCUAGUCGUGGUUCUCGUCGCACACGUCGGGGUGCAGGAUCGAAGAGAAGUUUAAGAAGAGAGAUCUUCAUUUUGGGAGAUGACAUUUGUUUCAUCUGUAGUAGAUUUUCAAAACGGAUAGAAGAGCUUGAUGAGGUCUCCACCAACUCCAGCACCUUCGACCUCAUGCCAAGCACAUCAAAAUCAAUCUUCAGUACCAGUCAAUCAAUCACUCAGUCAAUCACUCAAUGAUAAUAACUUCAAGAACUACACAUAAUCAUCAGCCUAUUAUCUAGAUUUUCAUCCUAGUACGUGGUACGACUUCAACUUGAUUCGUUCCAUUCUAACUCCCAAAGUCCGCCCACUAGAGGUGUACGACAUCCAGGAAGACCUGAACCGCGAAAAGCAGGACCAAUUUCGAAACGAGUACAGGGCAUCCGAUUGUCCCUAUUUCCUAGAGUCUGGCACCAGGAUCUUCCGCGAGACAAUGGAGGGCCCCAUAACCGAAAGCAUGUUAGGAAAAGCGAAUGCAGAGAGAAAUCUAGGAGUCAAACAGGAGAAGAAAAAGGUACCUAGUCCUCUUAUACUUAUAGUAAGUUGACUUUUUUACACAUCCGACUGUGGUCGUUUUCUUUCAUGUUCUUGUCCUCUGGAAGGUAGAUUGCUGCCAACUCCAAUUUCGUAACCAAGAAUGACCAAGCUGUUCUUGUGCUCGUCUUUUAUCAGUAAACUAAACUGAAUGGUUCCGGUAUUUUUGGUAUAGCCUGAAUUAGAUCAUAAGGGAAAACAAGAAGAGAACCCUUAGGAUCAAAUUCAGGCUAUACCCAAAAUACCAGAGCCAUACAUAAACGGAAACACGACCCUCUUCACACCUCCGUAGUACUUCUGUAGCAACUCCACAGGAAGCUCCCCGGGACCUGUUCAAAGAGGCUUAUCGAGAAGCCUACGCUCUAUCGGGGCUGGACCGGUACAGAGAGCGGUUAGACAUGUUGGGGAAGAAGUGCACCUCUGAAGCGUGGCAGAUUCGCGAGAAAAAUUCCAACUUCCUGAAGAAGCACCUAGCGCAUGUACAGAGCGAGGGGCGACAAGCGAGUGGUGCAGCACAUGGCUUUAUCAUGAAGAAGUAUGGAGACGCGAUUGAGCACAGACUCAUGAGGGGACAAGAGAAGGCAAAGAAGUAAACAUGUAACCAUGCAGUUCCUGUUCAUGAUGAUUCAAGGUGUGAUCCUUCAUCUGCUGAAAGUGAAACAAGAAUUAGAAUGAUAAAAAGCAGAAACAGCUGCACUCUCUCCGUCAUCUACCAAAAUAAGUGCAACUUGCAAGACAUGUAAUUUUUCAUGUGCUGCACACGAGCUCUAGUAUGAAAGAGCUCCUUCAACAUCUGAAAUCGUAUUUGCAUCACAUGUUCAGCUUAAAUCUCUGGAGCACCGUUGAGCUGAAAUCGAAUUUGCAUCACAUGUUCAGCUCUGGAGCACCGUUUGCAAAUCUUUCUGCGGAGAUCAUCUUCUGGAUCCAGAUAUUGGGGGGUGCCCCGAAAAGAAUAAUAAUUUCCCAAUGGUGCUGAGUCAAAGGAGGAUCUCUUUUUGGUAGUAUGAAAACUACUACGUUGUACUAGUACUACAUCAUGACCUAGUAUGAAAACUACUACGUUGUACUAGUGCUACAUCAUGACCUAGUAUGAAAACUACUACGUUGUACUAGUGCUACAUCAUGACCUAGUAUGAAAACUACUACGUUGUACUAGUGCUACAUCAUGACCUAGUAUGAAAACUACUACGUUGUACUAGUACUCCUACAUGAUCUACCCAACGCAGAUUCAAAAUGAAAAACUACAACAUUCACCACCACGAAUCUUCAGCAUCGACUGCCGCAUCUUCACCAACCACCUAGCAGAGAC